AAAUGGAGCGGGUCGUUAUCGAUAAGCCUGAUAUCCUUGAACCUGGCUGGUUAUCUUGGAGAUUUUUUGCUAACUGGGGGUUUUUUUUUUUUUUCAUUUGCUACGCCAUCCUACUGCUCGUCGUAAAUCGACUCGUCUUCUCCUCUCUGUUUGGCUACUUGCCUUCUCUCCCCCCUCCAGCUGUUCCUCUCGCCUCUACCCCUCCAAGUUCCACCGCGUCAAGCAUCGAGCGAUGGCAGGGCCUGCCAGCACCACGUCCUCCAUGACCACGACCUCGCAUACACUAACACACGCCCCGGCCAUGGGAUUUCUAGCCGCCUUCUCCGACGCCUCCAAACCCUCCAGUGCGGUCGACAUGCUGGCCCUCUUUGAAGCGAUCAAGUCAAACAAUCGGCAUGCCUUCUUGCAGCCCACUUCGUCGAUCCCGAAUGCGUCGCUCCAGCUAGCUAAGGCGACUUUGGACGCAUACGCCGGCCAGGUCUGCGACGAGCAGCAGCAGCGCCGAAGAGAAGAAAGCAAGAAGCGAAAGCGUGCUGACUAUGGGUUGGGGAAACCCGAUAUCUUAAAGGUCCGAAAGCUGCAUGUCGACGGGUUUGAGAGCGGUCAGGUCUGGCAACAGGCGCGACGAAUCAUCGCCGGUGCGCUGCAAGAUUCGACAGAUGCCCUCGAGGAAUUAGAAGACCGAGGUGAGGUCAGAGCAAACGGCGUCAAAGCAGACGGGCAUACCGACGCCCUCGGAUUCAGCCGGGAUGUCUCUGAAGUCGAUUCGGCAGGUGACGACUCGGCAGCAGAACUCGAGGAUAUUUCUGAAGAGGAUAUCGAAGACGAUGGCGAAGGCGAAUUUCCGGACGAAGAUGAUGCGGAAGGCAGUGGUGAAAUCUCGGAGGACGAAAUGGGAGAACACCUUGAGGACCUUGAGGAUGAAAACGGCGAGAUCGGCGAUGAAGAUGGACUUGAAGAUGGGCUUGAAGAUGGGCUUGAAGAGGCUCCGCAGGAAUUAAUCGAAGACCCGAACGGACUCAACGAUGGCUUUUUCUCCAUCGACGACUUCAACAAGCAAACUCAGUAUUUCGAGGACGCGGAUGCUAGAGGCGACCCAGAUAUCGACCACGCAAGCGAUGAUGAUGAGGUUGACUGGCACGCCGACCCGCUCUCUGCAAGAGCAUCCACAAAAAAACCUCCGAAAAAGAAGUCUAGAGAUGCUGAAGAUGAUAUGCCUCCUGAUCUGGAAGGUGAAGGCGAAGACGACGAAGGAGGUCCCACGUUCGGUGAUAUGGAUCUAGACGCACCCGAGGGAGAGAGUGAAGACGAUGAUGAAGGGGGGAUGGAUGGCACGGGAGUCGACGCCGAUUUCAACGCCAACGAGAUCUACUACAAAGAUUUUUUUGCGCCUCCACGACGAAAGGGAGCUAAAGACGGCAAAAACAGGAAAUUUAACGGAUAUCAGCCGGCACAACCAGACGACACUGACGUCGAGCGUGCGAUGGCUGACGUUCGCCGGGACCUAUUCGAAGAUGAAUCAGAGCGAGACGACUCAGAAGACGCGCUUUCCGACGUUUCGGCAGGCCAUCCAAAGUCUAGAAAGUCGACGCAUGAGAGGCGGCAGGCCAAAUUAGCGGAGGAGAUACGGAAACUUGAAGCGGCGAAUGUGGCUAAGAGAGAAUGGGUGAUGUCGGGCGAAGCGAAAGCUACCGACCGGCCGAUAAACUCGCUACUAGAGGAAGAUCUCGAUUUCGAGCACGUGGGGAAACCUGUACCCGUCAUUACCGCGGAAGUGAGCGAGAGCAUCGAGGAUAUGAUCAAACGACGUAUCCUGGCUCGGGAGUUCGACGAGGUCAUCCGGAGGCGCCCCGAUUCCUCAGAGUUCUCAGCCAACGCUCGGCGAGGGCUAGUCGAGCUCGACGACACUAAGGCGAAGCAAUCACUCGCCGAGAUCUACGAGGAAGAGCACGUGAAGAAUGCGAACCCAGACUCGUACGUGAGCAAGGCUAGCGAGAAGCUCCAAAAGGAAGAGAAAGAGGUUGAGCAGUUGUGGAAAGAGGUCAGCGCAAAACUCGACGCUCUGACUAGCUGGCACUACAAGCCGAAGCCCGCCGCGCCUAGUUUGACCAUCGUAUCCGACGUAGCGGUGAUAAGCAUGGAAGACGCGCAACCGACAACCGCGCAGGGCGUCAACGGCGGCGAUCACAUCCUAGCUCCCCAGGAGAUCUACAAAGCCGGCAAGAACACGGCUGAAAAGGGUGAAGUGGUUGCUAAGAGCGGGCAGCCGGUUUCGAGACAAGAGAUGAGCCAGGAGGACAAAGUGAGGAGACGCAGGAGAGAAAGGGAGAGGACGCGGAAGGCCGGCGGCCUCGCCGGUCAGAAGCCGCAAAACACCAAGGCGCAAGCCCAGAAGCAGACACUGGGCGACCUUAAGCGGGGUGGUGUGCGGGUAAUCAACAAGAAGGGCGAAAUUGUCGACAUGGAAGGGAGGAAGGCUAAGGAAGCGAAGGUAGCGUCUAGCAGUAGUUUCAAGCUUUGAUGUGAUACAAUCAUCAGGAUGGGAAGGGCUAUCACCGAGAGACGGACUAGAUAGGAGAUCAGAAAAAAUAAACUGAUCCCUGACACAGUCAGUGACCUACUUAGUAGUUACC